UAACCCAAAUUGUGUUGUUUUAACCCAGCAUUUUUGAGUGUACAGCGCCAGACCAUCGUUUUGUGGGCUUUGUCUGUUUGUAUUCCCGCCACAGGUUUCUAAAAAGACUUCCGUAAUAUUACGCGCUAAAACACUUGAUGUGAUCUACAUACAAUAGACUGGUAGAAAUGAAAAAUACCGAUGAUUUGAAGAUCGGCGGAUGUGGGCGGGUCUGUGGGCUAGUCAAUUCACAACACCGCCCCUCCAGUGUCACGUGACCUCGACGUUGACGUACACCGAGGGACAUUGGCGCGGUUUAAUCUAAACCCGGUAGCAGUUUGUGCGUAAGCUUUCUCAAUUCUCAUUUGUAUUCGAAACAAUGUCUGCCCAUCAAAAGUACAGAUAUGAAAACGAUUGCAAACCUGAUGAAAACGGGAAAAAAGGAGCUUCAAGAUGGUCCCAUUGUAGGAAACGCGGUGCAGAUGGUAAUCUGAGAAAAUCUUACGAGGUUGAAGAGCCUGGCAAAUGUUCACAUAGCUCACGCAGACCAGAAAGUUUCACAACCCCAGAGAGUGAGGGACCUGUGUCCAGAGUAAAAAACUGGGGAGAUGAGGUAGAGGCAGAGGAAAUGCGUUCAAAUGUACGACGUGAUAUGCAUCGAUACAGAAGAAGGAUUCUUGAAGCAGAUUUUCCUCAAAGAGACAGAAAAAUCUCAUCUGGAAGUUCUGACUCCAGAGACUCGAGAGAUUCCAAAGAAUCUCCUGCUAAAGGUGACCUCGAGACAGACGAGACCACUCUCAUAAGGAGACAAAAGCAGAUUAAUUAUGGGAAAAACACUCUUGCAUAUGAUAGAUACAUUAAAGAUGUUCCCAAGGAUAUGAGACAGCCCGGUGUUCAUCCAAAGACUCCAAACAAAUUCAAGAAGUACAGCCGACGCUCCUGGGACCAGCAAAUUAAACUGUGGCGGGUCAAACUUCACGCGUGGGAUCCUCCUGCAGAAGAGGGAAGCGACCUGCAGCAGAUAGAAGAGAUUGACCUUGGUGAAAUAAUGGACUUUGAGUUGGAUGUGGAGUGUUCAGCGGAUACUGAAUCCCAGUGUCCAACAUCCAGUGGAGCAUCGCUGUCUUUGGCAGAGGAUUCGUUUACAGGAACCCCUAAAAAGAUGAUGAAAAUUGAGGAUACUGAAAUGUUAUGAGCAACUACACUAAGAUCCAAAACUAUGAGAGAACUCCUGAGCAGCUGAAUUGUUUUAAUACACUGUUCGCCUUACUGUUUAGAGCAUUAUUGUGAAAUGCUUUCAACAGGUUCU